GGAUUACAAGGUGGUAGCCAUGUUGAUAUGCUUUUUAUGUGCAUCCAACGAUCUCAGUACAGUAGAUGCAUUUGGGCGCAUGCAAACCAAUGAGACGUUUUUAGCAUCGCCAAGAUCAGCCCCAUUUGUGUUACCCAGGAGGAAUAAAAGUCAAUACAAAAGCAAAAAUGAUUACCAUCAUUUUAUUUUUCAUUACUGGAUAGCUGGCUGGAGAACCACACUGAGUAGCCACGGCGCACGAGUUAAAAUAGGUAUAUGGGGUUCACAAGGACAAUGUCAGUCCCAAGAAUCUGGGGCAUCGAUGUAUCUCUACAAUAGUGAUCAAGAUGACUCCUCCAUCAAUUUGAUCCAAGAUGGAUUUCAUGUACUUCCCGACUUAUAUAAGAAUAAUGAUGUCCAUUUCUUUAUACGAUGGAUGAAAGACUACUACAAAUCAACGGGCUGUUAUAAUUUGGAGUGCCCUGGUUUUGUGCCUGCUAGUGGAGCCGCACUUGUUCCGGGCCAAGCUGUUGCUCCUCCCUCAACUUAUGACAGGGACGACCGCUACAUAACUAUUAGCCUGCAUGCAGAUCCAAACACGGGAGAUUGGGUGUUGUAUCGAGACGACUUGCAUAAACCUUCAUUUUUGGGGCAUUUUCCAAAAGAGCUUUGUCCUAAACUAUAUGGUAUAGCCCCCGGAGUAGGAUGGAUUGGAUUCGUAUAUUACCAAGAUAGGGAUCAAGGUGGUCCCGCAAUGGGUAGCGGUCAUUUUCCAGAAGAGGGCCAAAGGAAAGCAGCAUACUUCAAGAAUAUCAAGCUCUUUGAUUCCAAAGCUAAUGUGUAUGAUCCGAGUGCCUUGGCUAGACUUGUCAGUGCGCCAAGAUGUUACAAAGUCAGUGAGGUUCUGCAUGCUAGAAAGGACGGCUAUAUGUUUUAUUAUGGAGGUCCAGCUAGUUGUAUGGGUUGACGAGUAUUCGUCUUGAAUAUAAUAAAAGUGAUAAACACAUC